CCCCACUGAAGAAGAAGGUGUUUUCACCGCAACCGCACCGAAAAAAAGUCAGGUAAAUGCCUGUCGUUACAUAAUGGGACAUCAUUAGCCUACGAAGUGUAUUUAAGGGCAAUGCCAGCGCCGUCUGCCUCACUUCAUCAUUCUGAAAGAACUGAAAAUGAUCUCUUUGAUUUUUAUGAGUUUGUUACUAUUUGCAGUGGUUGCAAUCUCGCCGGGUAAUGGAGCGCGGUAUACGGCCAAUUGGACAAGUAUCGACUCCCGGCCACUACCCGUGUGGUACGAUGAGGCGAAGAUCGGGAUUUUCGUUCACUGGGGGGUAUUCUCCGUGCCCGGGUACGGCCAGUUUAGCGAGUGGUUCUGGUAUUGGUGGAAAGGCGCACAGAGAGCGGCCGAGGUUGAGUUUAUGAAGAAAAACUACCCCGUGGGCUUUACAUACGCAGAUUUCGCGCACGAUUUCAAAGCGCAGUUCUUCGAUCCUGAUGAGUGGGCUGAAAUAUUUGAAGCUUCUGGAGCCAAGUACGUGGUGUUCACAUCCAAGCAUCACGAGGGCUUCUGUAACUGGCCUUCUGCAGACUCCUGGAACUGGAACUCAGUGGAUACUGGACCUCACAGAGACCUGGUGGGAGACCUGGCAGCAGCCAUACGCAAGAGGAAGGGACUGCACUUUGGCCUGUACCACUCCCUGUAUGAGUGGUUUCAUCCACUCUACCUGAAGGACAAAGCUUCCGGGUUCAAGACCCAGGAGUUUGUCUUCCGGAAGGCUCUUCCUGAGCUGAUUGAUCUGGUGAUGACCUAUAAGCCGGAGCUGAUCUGGUCCGAUGGGGAUUGGGAAGCUCCGGACACCUACUGGAACUCAACAGAAUUCUUGGCCUGGCUCUACAACGACAGUCCUAUCAAGGACUUUGUGGUUGUCAAUGACAGAUGGGGGAAUGGUUGUUACUGCAAACAUGGCGGCUACUACAACUGUGCAGACAGGUUCACUCCAGGCUCUCUGCCUGACCACAAGUGGGAGAAAUGCCAGUCCGUCGACAACCGCUCCUGGGGUUACCGUAGAAACAUGAUGCUCAGCGAGCUGAUGGACCUGCCCACCAUCAUAACGGACAUGGUGUAUGUGGUCACUAUAGCUUGUGGAUAUGGAGUGUUUGGUAAUGUCAGUUUAGUGAUCUCUCUCCCCUGUAUCUUGUUUCAUCAGGACAUGGUGUAUGUGGUAUCUUGUUUCAUCAGGACAUGGUGUAUGGUCCCCUGUAUCUUGUUUCAUCAGGACAUGGUGUAUGGUCCCCUGUAUCUUGUUUCAUCAGGACAUGGUGUAUGUGGUAUCUUGUUUCAUCAGGACAUGGUGUAUGGUCCCCUGUAUCUUGUUUCAUCAGGACAUGGUGUAUGGUCCCCUGUAUCUUGUUUCAUCAGGACAUGGUGUAUGGUCCCCUGUAUCUUGUUUCAUCAGGACAUGGUGUAUGUGGUGGCCCUGGGGGGUAACUACCUGCUGAACAUUGGUCCCAUGGAGGACGGCAUGAUCUCCCCUCUCUUUGAGGAGAGGCUGAGGGGCAUGGGGGCCUGGCUGGGGGUCAACGGAGAGGCCAUCUACUCCUCCAAACCCUGGAGGAUCCAGGGGGAGAACACCACCGUACCUGUCUGGUACACCUCUAAGAACAACACAGUCUAUGCCAUACUGCUGGCGUGGCCUUCAAAACUGCUGUUCAGCCUCGCAGCACCCAAAACCUCUGAGGCCACUAAUGUCACCAUACUGGACAACCCGUCCGUACCUCUGAAGUGGGUAUCGACGACACCAACCGGACUGGUGGUAGUCAUGCCUGACGACAUGCCAGUUUCCCCGGGCCGAGGCUGGGUCCUGAGACUAGAGGGAGUAGCGUGAGGAGGCAGUGAACCAAAAACGGUUGUUAUUAUACGUCAAUCGAUUUUAUGACUGUUUUUAAUGUUUUAGUUUUUAUUUUCAGGGAUUGAAAUGUUCUUUUUAGGACUCCUGAUACUGAUUGGUUUGUGUGAGGCUGCUGAAGCCUAGCUGCCUGAAUGUGCAAUAGAUAUCGAGACUGCAGAGCCGCUAUCAACAAUGGCCUCUUUAUAGAGAUAAGAAAAACUAACCAAACGUGCGGUUAUAUCCUUUCAGCUACUUGAGGCAACUAUGAGGGAUGUGCAUUAUGUUCAACUUACAGUGGUCUGGAUACCAAUAUAUUCAGCAAUAAGUACCUAAAAACAUGGAUUUUCAUAAAUGGCAUACCAAAGAUGGUUGUUUGUUCUCUGGGUUUGGUAGAAAUGUGCAUUGCAACAGGGUGUACAAACGGAAUGUUCCACUUUUCAUGACAAUAUCUCUGUGUAGGCUACUGUCAUUAUACGCUAUGUGAAUUAAUGUAAAUGUGUUUUACCGGGAUGUCUUUUUUUAAUGCCAUUUAUUCUGUAGAUUGACAUCGAGUUUUGUCUUUAUAGCUACAAUUGUAUUUUAUCAACUCUUUAAAAGCCAUUAUCUGACUUAUCACAAUCAA